AUGGGGAAGAAUGAAGACAGCACUGAGAUCCUGGUGCAUAUCACCGCACCAAGCGCUGCAGCAGAUGACUCCAGAUAUCGAGCACUCGCACAGGCAUACCUGGAUUUCGAGCCCCAGGGAUUCGUCGAUCUCCCCCAAGAUCCGUCGUCAAAACCCAGUGCUGUCCCUUCGGACAAAUUCAUAUCCCCGCAAGCAUCGUUUGGGAGCGUCUGGGAUAAUGUUGGGUCACCGCGCCUGGCAGGAGUAAGCCAGCAGCUGGCACCGUUAGCCGGCAUACAGCCUUCUGUACCUCCAGCGUCAUCUCAGCCCAGGGAUGACACCCAACUCUCAUGGGUUGCUCCACCAAGCGAGGUUCCGGAUUCGAUGCCAGACAAUGACAUCAGGGCGCCUGCUUUCAACACGCCGACGAGGGUGCUGAACUACUUCCUCCAAUCCAUAGAGCAAGCGUCUCUCUCCUCAGGGGGAGCUUCUGGCGAGGUACUUGAGGGCGGUAGGAACGUCGGGCAUAACAGCCUCUCCCAUGCAGCUGCCUCAGAAGGCCUGCUUGUUCGUGGGUCAGGUCUCGACUCAAGCCCAUCUACCCGUAGACCGCACGGCCACGCGCCUCAGAUCCCAGAUCCCAUCGAGACUCUGGGCAGUGUGUCCGACGUGACGGAGGACUGCCACGCAGACAAGGCGCCCUCGGGCUCUGGUUCAGCCGUGGAGACGGUGGGUCACCGGACAACGAUUCCGAAUACACUGCCAGAAAACAUAUCUGCAUUUGUUGUCGACAGCGGUGACUGGGCACACGAAACGCAGCUGAUAUCGACUGAACCAGCCGUAGCCAACCACCGCCUGGGGCCUAGAGCACCCCAGCACUUGGAGAAGCUGGCGGAGAGCAUGCAGAUGGGGAGGAAGUACAGGCCGAAGUAUCAGGCCAGAGACAUGCGGCCUUUCGCGAGGGGAUACUGGCUGAUGAGGCUGGACGGCUGGAACUUCGAGGAAAAGGUCAAGGCAUGGGGCUUCCUCGGGAAUUAUAUCCGCCGGGAUGACAAGGCAGGAUGGGGCACCAGGGCGUGCCGCGACGAGUCGUGGGAUUGGAUAAGGCUCUACGGCUGGGAGCACAUCGCCGGGGAGCUGUAUGCACUUCUGUACGUGGCCAGCUACAGGAAGCUCAAGUACGUGGAGGUCAAGUACUACGGCGCGGCGGGGGACGUCCUAAUUGUGGUCGGGCCCAGGGGCACUCAACCAAAGUCCGGUUGA